GCGUCAUCAGAGCGCGACCGCAGCAUGAGAACGCUGACAUGGCCGCGUCCAUGGAGCUGAGACUCACUUUAGGGAUCUGUUUUGUUUUUAUUUCGGGGUUUUCUUCGGUCGCCGCGCUCAUCGAGGGUCUGUACUGCGGGACUCAGAGCUGCUAUGACGUGCUUGGAGUUCCGCGCGACGCCAGUAAAGCGGAGAUCGGACGCGCGUACCGCCAGCUGGCCCGAAGAUACCAUCCGGACCGAUAUCAGCCCGGGGAGACCGGCGACACCCGCGAGAGCGCGCAGCAGAAGUUUCUGCUCGUCGCCACUGCUUACGAGACGCUCAAGGAUGAAGAGUUACGCAAGGACUAUGACUACAUGCUGGACCACCCGGAGGAAUAUUACAGCCACUACUACACCUACUACAGGAGAAGACUCGCUCCCAAAGUAGACGUUAGGAUAGUGAUUCUCGUAACGAUUUGUGCAAUCUCACUGUUUCAGUAUUACAGCUGGUGGAGCAGCUACACAGAAGCCAUCAACUACCUGAUGACCGUUCCCAAAUAUCGCAUCCAGGCUACCCAACUGGCCAAGCAGCAAGGACUGCUGAACAGAACCAAAGAGAAGGGCAAGAACCGGCGAUCCAAAGAGGAGAUCCGCGAGGAGGAGGAGCAGAUCAUCAGAGACAUCAUCAAGAACAAGAUCGACAUCAAGGGCGGCUAUCAGAAGCCCAAUAUAUCAGACAUCCUGCUCUGUAAAAUCAUUCUGUUCCCGUACCAUCUGUGCACCUACGUGGCGUGGCACUGCUCGUGGUUUUACCGCUUCACCGUCCGCGGGGAGGAGUAUGGGGACGAGGAGAGACUUUACAUCAUCCGCAGGUACAUGAAGAUGUCACAGGCUCAGUUUGACAGUCUGGACCACGGCCUGAGAGACACUUUCCUGAAGCAGCAGCUCUGGAUCAAAGAGAACUAUGAGGCCUACCGAGAGGAGCAGGAGGAGGAGAUGAAGAUGAAGAUGGCCACAGACUCGCGAUGGAAACGCUACAGGCGCUGGAUGAGGAGCGAGGGUCCCGGACGCAUCACUUUUGCUGACGAUUGACCUCACGCGCACACGGUGCCGUCCCAGAUGCACGUCCAAACGGCCUGAGCUCGUUGGUGUGUGAUUACACUCGGCUCUCUGCGCCUCGUUUACAAAGGACUGACGAUGUGCACCUGCUGCCUUUUCUCAUAUGAUAUAAGACGAUAAAGGCGUUUUGAUUGUACCUAUGGAGGAUCAUGUGAUUUGUCAGUCUGUUUAAGAGGAUCAGUUGAGACUGUUUUGGAAACGUAAAGAAAAAUAACUGGAGGAAUGUGAUCACAGGCUGUAGAAACCCAGGAAUGCCUCAUUUCAAUCACUGAAGUUUCUGUCUCUGUUUCUUUCUACAUAAAUGUCACGUCAUCCAGUGCUGUUUUUAUCUCUCUAUUCCUCUUUUAUUUUGCAUAUAUGAAGUCAUAUCUAAUUGUUUCGUUACAUGGUACUUCAAUAAAGUUUUAUAGUUCAA